CGUUCCAGCAGUUUCUGCUUCAUCAUAGAGAGAGAUGCCUCCUCAUCGCAGCAGUGGCUGGUUUAUCAGACAUCGACUUUGAGCCAAUUCGGUUUCUGUCAGAGGACUCUGGAUUUUGAACCUCAUCUCAUCAGGAAGUUCAUUCAUGACAAAAACACGUCAGACGUUUAAAGUUAACUUAAAGUGAACCUGAGAAGCAAGAAAAGAGCUGCGGAGAUCAGAAUGCAUGGUGUUGAGCUGAGGAGCUGAAUGCAGCUCAGAAAAUAAAUCAUCUUUAACAGAAAACACUCAUAAUGAGCUCAUUGGGCUCCGUUCCUGCCGAGGAACCGGUGUCGCCGCCGCCGCUGACCACACCCCCUCGAAAAGCCUCAGUCCGCCUCCAGGAACGGCGGGGUUCCAACCUGUCGCUGCUAUUGGAUGUGAGCAAUCUGGGGGCGGAGUCAGUUUGCUCUGUGACCACGCCCAAAGAGGUGUGGCUUCAGCUGCUACAUACCUCGUCCCGAGCGCUUGCACAUGCGCAGUUACAGGAAGCUGCAGCAGACACCAGCGCUCUGAACACAGAGUACCAGAAGAUUCCUCCAAACUUUGUGAGCGCAGCCGAUCUGGACGCUCCGGGACACAUGAUGAAAGACAGAUACAAAACCAUCCUGCCCAACCCGGAGACUCGGGUGAUCCUGAAGAACCUGGAGGAAGAACCGGGUCCGGAUCGCUACAUCAACGCCAACUAUGUCAGGGGCUACAGAGGGGCUCCCAGGGCCUUCAUCGCCACCCAGGGGCCCAUGCUGCACACGGUGGGAGAUUUCUGGGACAUGGUGUGGCAGGAGCGCAGCAGCAUCAUUGUGAUGGUGACCAAGCUGAAGGAGAACAACCAGAAAUGCGAGCCGUACUGGCCGCAGCCGAGGGACGGGACGAAGGUGAAGGAGGAGGACGAGGACCGGCAGGAUGAGAUCCAGAGGGACGAAGACGAGGGACAGACGAGUCGUUUCGGCAGAUUCCUGCUGAGAGUUAAAGACAGACGGGAAAAAAACGGCUUCAUCAUCUCUGAUCUGCAGAUCCAGCUGAACUCUGAGCGCCGUCUGGUCAGACACUACUGGUUCAGCUCCUGGCCCGACCACCACAUCCCAGAAUGCAUUGUUUCUCUGCUGAAGCUGGUGGAGGAUGUGGAGACGCACAGGAAGUCCCUGGAGCCAAUCACAGACGCCGUUCCGGGUAACGGACCAAUCAUAGUCCACUGCAGGUUGGUGCACGGCCGGACGGGUUGCUUCAUCGCCAGCAGCAUCUGCUGCCAGCAGCUCAGAGAAACCGGACAGGUGGACAUUCUGGAGACGGUUUGCCAGCUUCGACUCGACAGGUGAGGGGGGAUGAUCCAGACCACCGAGCAGUACCAGUUCCUGUACUCCACACUGGCCCAGUACAGCCGCCAGCUGCAGCAGAACCAGGACCAGAACCAGACCAACACAGACUCACAGAACCAGCCUGAGGACCAGGCCAGCGUACGGCUGCAGAACCUUCGACUGCAGAACUGAGAAAAACCAGAACCUACAAAACCAGCAAUGCCCUCAAAGAAAUCUGAAGAAAGCAGGAGAAUCAGGAGAACCAAGAGAAUCAGGAGAACAGGGAGAACCAGGAGAAUCAGGAGAACCGAAGAGUCGUCUCAUGGACAUCGGCAGCAGACAGGACUGACAGGAAAUUGGAUCCAUUAGGGCAACACAGCAGAACCAGAACUGGAUCUUCAGUUUGACUCUGAAAGUAUGGAGAACCCAAAGAACCAAAAUGUUCAUCCUGGACUGAAAAGAGAAAUAAAAAAUUAGAUUAUUAAAAUGAAAUAAAUGUAUUGUUUACAUGUUUGUUUGUUUCUCAGAGACGAGCAGAGCUGAACCCAACCAUCAGGUUCUGUUCAGCUAAAUCUCCACGGUUCAUAAAGUUAAUUUAAAAAAUAGGAACUUUUGAAUUGAACUUUAAUGAAACAAAGUCUGAAAACUUGUUUCAGAUUCUUUUCUGGUUAUUUGCUUUAGUAUUUUUUUUAGCUGAAAUGUAUAAAUUCAGGUUUGUUUUAAAUUAAAAAUAUUUGUGCUUCUUGAUGUUUCUGAACAAAAACAGCAUUUUGUUGAUGGAUCAGCAGGAUGAGUUGUUCCUGCAGUACCACCAAUGAACACUAGGUGUCAUCAGCUAAACAUCCUGCAUCUGACAUGGCGGCAGGUUGACCUCAUCAUCA